AACAAAUUAUAGAUAUUCAAACUUUUCCUUUUAAUUUACCUUUUCCAAACAAUGUCAGUUUUUGAAAAACAAAUGUAUAUAUUUAAGAACUAAAAUAACACCACAAACAUGGAGAAGAAACCAGUGAAGAUCAAUAAUGAAGACCGCCAGAAUUUUGUGGCCACGCGGAUGAGCCUGCCGCUUUUUAUGGCAACCCGUAAUCGCAUUAAAAGAGAAAAUUUGCCACGUGUUAAGAAGCAAUUUAAGAUGGCCGGCGAGCAUUAUAAUAAGGACUGCCAGAGGGAGAACCGUCGAGAGGCCUUUAGCGCGGCCACGUUCGACCACUACCGCCACAUCACGGGCUUUGACGUGACUGAAAGGAAUCCGUAUCCGGAACGCCGACGCCUGCACAUCGAUCGCAGCAUGACCAAAUGGAGGGGCUGGCAGCUGGCUCCGAAUCACUACGGAGUUCCGCCGGAGCCGUUCCUCCGGCUGAAGGGCACCAAGGGCUCCGUCUUCGCCAAGCCGCACACCAACCACAGCCGCGUGUCCAUCAAGCCACCGCCCUACCAUUUCUACGAAAUUCCACCUGAAAUCGACCGGCUUUUCAAGCGCGAGAACCUGCAGAAGGGCAUCUUUCUGUCGAAUGCCCGCGAUCGGCGGCCGACAACGCACGCGAUGAUCUCCAAUCUGUCGGGCUGUUGGCGGGAUCCCAAGGAUGCCGGUCCCUGCGACACCCACACGAACUUCUUUGAGCUGGCCGCAAAUGCCGCGCCGGUGACGAAGACGGCCCGCCCCAAUCCGCACCUGUUCCCGCUGCACUCCUGUGUCCCCACGAAGCCCAGUCGUUUGAUCCGGCGCCACAUCAGCAUGGAGCCGGCUCCGGGUCGCUACUGCACCAGCUACCCGGGCGUGUGUCCUUGUCCGGCGGGUAAGACGAGUGUGCCGGGACUCCAACUGCUGAUUGACGCCCAGAAGCGGCUGAAGUUUCGCCGCCAGCCGUUCGAGCGGAUCAACCAGAAGCGACUCUGCGAACCGGACUGGCGCCACGUCGAGGGUCAGGGCCAUCGGCACGUCUUCCAAAUGGGACGGCACGACAGGCCGAGGCCGCAGAAGGCGCCAACCGUUUCCAAGAAGCAGGGCAAGCCCAUCAACAUGUUCGCCGACGCCAAGUACAUCAACAUGCUGAGCCAGCCGCAGCGACAUCCCAUCUCCAUCCGGCCGUACCCAGUGCCGCCGUACGUGCCCAAGAUCACCUACAAUUGCGCGGCCAAGCGGGUGAUACGCAAGCAGCUGAAGAACAACAAGAAGAUCGCCUUCAACAGCGGCCAGGAGCGCUGGAAGGAUGGCGAGCGACCGCUGCAGCUGACCGCCCGCCAGCUGGAGGCCAUCAAGCAGAGUCUACCGCCGGAGCGGCGACUCACGGACCACCCCAUCGAGCUGCCCGAGCUGAUGCCCAGCCGGCUCAACCAGGUGCCCGACCACCAGCGCGUCACCUACAUGCCCAAGCUGCGCAAGCGUCUCUUCAAGUUCCUCCCAAUCCCCGGCGCCCGGGUCUUGGUCACCGACAGCGACAUACGUCCGGAUAUUGUGUUCGAUCCGGAGAAUCCGACCGGACUCUAUCGCCGCAAGAUCGACGAGACCCUGUUCUUCAAGGACUCCGUGCUGCGGGCGAUGGAGGGCAAGGACGAGCACGAUCCCACGCUGGAGGCCAACGCCAACGCCGCGGACGCAUCGCCAACGCCGUCCCAGCUGCAGUCGGCCAGACAGUCCACAGCACGGGUCACCGUGGUGGAUCCCCAGGAUGGGAAGAGCAGUUCCCGCAUAUCGGUCCAUGCCUAGAAUGGCUCAGCAGCUUCACUCCACUUCACGUUUGUGCCCGUUCGGAAAUCCUUUUUGGUUUUGAUUUAUGAUCCACGCCAGAGUGAGUUCACGUGGCCACACGGAGUCAAGAAAAGAACUCAGUGAUGGCGGAGGGAAACUCCAGCCUUAAAUAAAGAUGAGAAAAAUUAUUCACUUGGAAAA